CCAUUUCCGGAUCAAAACAAAGAUGGCGUCCGGGACAAAAUGGUCCAUAUUGACAUGUAGGACGCCACACAACUAAUCAUGUUAUUACAAAGAUGGAAAAACAGUUUUCUCCCAGACCCUAAACAUGGAAAAUCAAGAUACCGAAUUAAUAAAAAAUGUAGAAAGUAAUUCUGUGGAUAAAACGGAAAGUGACUCAAAAACUAUAAAUGGAGUAAAAAAGGAAACCUACGAUGGAACUAGUAAUAAUAUAGUACCGUUAUCUAGUACACAAGAAAUUACAGACAAUGUUCACUCAGUGUCAAACAAAGUUAUAGAAAAUAUUCAUCCCACAAAUAAAAACGUGUCAGAAUCUUUGACAGAAUCUCUAUUUGAUGAUCAUUCCAAAGAUUUAACAAAUGUAGACAAAGAUAACUUGACACAGGAAGGUCAAACUACAGGGAAUCAGGAUAAUGUAGUUAUUGAACAGGGAGAGAAUUUGACUUUACCUAAGCAUUCUUUGAAUACAACAAAUAACUUAUCCUCAAAAGACUCAUUAACAAAUAAAAAUGUAACAGUAUUUCAGAACAGUUUACCAGCGGGAGAAGCUGAUAGUUUGACCUCUAUAAGUGUUACUGUGUCAGACAAGAAUAUGUCAGCGGAUUCACAAUCUGUAUCAAGUGUAGCAACAACAACUCACUCAGAUAGUAAACAACAUGAUCAAGGGACAUUACACUCAGAUUCAUCACAGACAUUAAAAAGCGAGAUGCCUAGUCAGGUAGAACAACCUUCGUCAUUGCAUCAGGCUUCUGUAAAUAACAGUGGACCAGUAUCCCAUGCAUCAUCUGUUUCUAGUCAACGCAUAGAUGUACCAUUAAAUGGCUCAUUGAAAGAAAGUCUUCCAUCCAACAAUACUGACAUAAGUAAGGUUUCUUCCACACCGGGUCAGAUUGUUGAAGGUAGACAGAUACCCUCAACUCAACCGACUCUAAUGGAGAAGAGGCAUCCUUCAUCUAGCUUAGCGGAACAUCCUCCUGACAUUACAGGAGCACCAUCAAAACUAUCAACUAUUUCAUCUGUACCACACGACUCUGAAGCCAAAUCUUCAUUGUCUUUACAUGCAUCAGAAGGUAAUCAAACGACAUCAGACAAAGUAUCUGUACCUUCAUCUUCACAAAGUUCAUCAUUACCACCAUCAUCAGUGCCACAUAGCUUACCAAUGCCUCCCCAGGCACACGAUAAUAAGAGUAAUCCACAUUUAAUACCAAUUCCGUCUUUACCAAAUUCAAUGAUGUCUCCGGGUAUGGCCAUGCCGGCAGGAAUGAACAUGUUCCCACCACACUUAAACAUGAUGAAUCCAUAUUUUCCAGGAAUGAUGUUUGAUCCUAGAAUGGCUGCAGCAUUUCAGCAUCCAAUGUUCAGAGGAAUGCCUCCUCUCCAUCCUAGAUACCAACAAACUCCUCCUCAAAGACCUCCACGGUCUCGUGGACCUAGAGGGCCUCGUCAAAGCAAAGCUCAUCAACAGCAUUUACCACCAGAAAUCUUGAGACAUCAUGGACGACAUCCAGCAUCAGAUUCAGCACAGAUCAAAAUCGAUCCUCUUCUUGAGAAUCCAACAGCACCACACAGCAGUUUUACAACAUCACACGAAACAUCUCAGGCAUCUUCGUCAAGGUCAUCUACGCCAAGAAGUCAUGCAUCUAUGACUUCACCGGUCACCUCACAGGCAGAUGGUAUGCCUCAUUUAGAACCUGGCAUACCAACAAACAUGGUCCAUCCAUCAUCUCAACAGCCGCCACCAGCACAUUCCCACAGUAAAUUAGAUAUACCACCUCCCCUACCGGGGAUGAUGCCAAAGGCACAUUCUUUUGGAAAACUGGACAUGCCACCACAUACUUUAGGUGUGAUGUCAUCAACACAUGAAUCUCUACCUCCACCUGCACAUUCCUUUCAUCCAAGUAUGUCAGCAUCAAAACCAACUGUGACAACAACAUGUUCACUGUUAACAGAUACACAAACUGUAACUACCGUUAUAACAACACAUUCAGACAACGUACCAACAACGAAUGUCUCUUCAUCACUGAAACAACCUACUUCAGCUUUAUCUGAUGGAAUACCAUUCCUGGCUAUGUCUUCGCCAGGUUCUAUGCCAAUACCAACAUCAAGUCAUAGUGUAACAAAUACAGAUAUGUCUGUCCAGCAAGAUAGUGCUAAGGUCUCUGUUGUUUCUACAGCUGAAACAUCUUUGCCCUUACCAGCCCACUCGCACCCUAUGACAGCACCAAAAAUGGCAACAUCUGGGUCUAUUCCUAUGCCUGCCCAUGUUCAUACACUGGUGUCUACAAAUACAAAUCAAAUGGUUACACAAACAGCACCGAUUAAUAGUGCUACAACAUCAACAAACGUGACAUCUGCUAGCCAUCAAAUUAACCAAGUUGUGCCAUCAUCAAAGUCUGGACCAAUGGAACCUGAACGUGUUCCUUCAGGAGGCUUGCCAACUUCAAGAUUACCACCAUCAGCUCCUGAUCAAAAUCAAGGACCGAUGCCAUCAAAUGCUAGCACUCCAAUGUCAGUGCCACCUAAUGCUAGUACACCAAUGUCAGUAAUGUCUAAUGCUACCAUGCCAAUGUCGAUGUCACAUACUACCACCCCAAUGUCAAUGACAGCUAAUGCAAGCACACCAAUGUCAAUGCCACAUAAUGUAAGCACACCAAUGACAAUGCCUCAUAAUGCUAGCACCCCAAUGACAAUGCCACAUAAUGCUAGCACCCAAAUGUCAAUGCCAGGACACUUUCAUCAACAGGGUAUGGUUCCCAUGCAUCCAGGUAUGCCAGGUCUACCAUUUAUGCAGCCAGGAAUGAGGGUUAGAGGUCAAAGGAUGUCAAGUGGGAAACAGAGAGGACCAACACCAGACAUGCCUGCAGGAAUGAUGCCACAAUUUGGAAGAUUUCCACCUGGCUUUAAUCCAUUCAUGGCCCCGCAGAUAGCAAGAAUGGCAAUGUCUCAAGAAAUGAUGGCUUUGGCACAGAAAAUGUCUGCUGGUGGUCCAACUAUAUCUGAAGGAGAACAGGGAGCAGGUCCACAGAUGCCUAAAUUUGAAAACCUUACACCAAAUCAAAUAGAAUUUAUCAGGGUAAUGAGAAUGAGGCCACCAUUUCCUCAAAUUCCUGGUAUGAGACCAGGUAUGCCUAUGCCACCAAGAAACAUGCCACCUCCACCAAGAUACCCUGGUCUUCCUAUGACAUCCUCAACAGAUGCAGGGGCUCAUCGACUUCCUGCAAUGCCACAUCCUCCAGGAUCUCUAUCUGGUCAGACAGCAAUGCCUCCUCUGGCAUCUCCAACGUCGUCAGUGAAGAGUAUUCCAGAGUCACAGAGUCCUCACCCUUCGGCUUCACCGAUUGCUCCAUCAGCAAGUCCUAUGAGCUCAUUUACUGGAGACAAGACACCCAGUCCAGUUCCUAGGUCUCCAGCUAACAGUGACACCACAUCAAUAGGAUCAACACCAGUCAAACAGGAGCCAAUGGAGCACAGAUUCAGCAGUUGUUUUGGAGAUGAUAUAGAUGCUAGAACUGCCUCCCAGAAUGCUCUUCUCAAACAGCUGCUUGCAAACAGUUUAGCUAUGGGUGGAGGACGACUUCCUGGAACACCAAUUUCAGAGGACUCAGAAGAUGGAUCCACUCUUCAGUUAACGCCUGAACAACAAAAGCAACUAGAAAUGAUUGAGCGUAUGCCUGCCAUUAGAGAGGUGGAGACCUCCGCUGAAGAAUGGGCAUCAAAAACACCAGAGGAAAGAGAAAAGAUUCUAGAACUGAGGAAGCAGGCCUUUGAAGAGAAAAGAAAAGAAUUUGAAGAGGUUAGAAAGAAAAGGAAGCCUCCAGCAGAACCGCGGAAACGGAAAAAGAAGCCCAUGGAUCAGAUAUUCCCAGAAAUGUUUGGUGAUGGGCAGAUAAUGAUGCAGCAGCAACAGCCACUUCAGCCGCCACCAAAGAAACGGCAGCGAAGACCAAAACAGAAAAAGGUGGACAUUGAAGAGGAUAAGGAUGCCAAAGUAGAGAGCUUCUUGGCACAGUUAAGAAUGCUAGCGAACGUCCCUCUCCAAGAACCUAAAGUUAUAAGUGCUAUUGUAAAUAGUCCAGUACAUGGAAGUCCAUCUGUACUCACAGGUGAAGGUCAGUUAAAAGGAGAUUUUGGUAAUGCCUAUUUAGAUGGUGUAGCAGAUUUCUACGGAAGUACCCUGUUAGGUGGAUUACCUCCCCUUGGGUCAUUAGUUGGUUUACCACCGCCAAAAAAUAUUGAAUCUGGAAGGAAAUUGAUAAGUGAUGGGCAGGAAAUAGCUGAUCAUCUGAAGCAAAAACCAGCAAAUGAAGCAGCAUUCCUAGGACCACGCGGAACCCAACCAUUUUCUAUAGGUUCUCUAACUGGAAUGGCUCCUAUUCCAGUGGUACCAGCAUUACCGUCACAUCCAAGGAUUGAACCUCGAGUGCAGGCUUUAAGGAUGACUGAUAGUCCAGAUACAGUAGUUUCCUCCUCUUCGCCUGAACAUGAAUAUGGAGAUGAAGAAAUGGAUUUUCCAAUGUUGAAACCUAUUGAUCCACCUGCUGAAGAGGAUCGUCGUUGUUCUCCAGCCCUGCCUCUUCUUCAGCCAAUCGCCAUCAAAGCUGAAUCUCUACAAAUCAAAGAAGAAAAAAUUGAAAGAAAAGAAGAUUAUGCAGAAACCACAAAACUAACGACUGAUGAUAUCGGUGAUAGAAAAUUGGCCAAAUUUGAUCCUACCCUUGCUGCAAUGGCAGAAAAAGAUAUUACGGGCAAAAGCAAUAGUUUCACUUCAUCUCUGUCGCAUCCUCUCAAAGACAAGGAUAUAUCUGUGACUUUAACUUUAUCAGCAAAGGCAGCUGAGGAUAUCGGUGGAGUUCUGUCUAGUAUAGCAGAACUGUUGAAGAUAGCGGUUCCCCCUACUUACCAAGUCAGUAGGAGUCCAUCACCUGAUUCACUUAAAAUGAACCUUAAACAUAAAGAAGAUCCUAUUAAUAUUCAUAAUUUGAUCAAAAUGAAGCCGAAGUUUUGUCGUAAUUGUGAUAUGGUGGUUCUAGACAAAGGAUUCAUUAGAAAGAAAUCAGAGAUGCCAUUUAUGAUCAAGGAGGACCAUUUUACUUUCAGGGAAUCAGAAGACGAGGAUAUCGCUUUCUGUAGUCAGAAAUGUUUUGAGAGAUUUGUGAUGGUGUAUAGGAGUAUAUUUAAGUCUGGUGGAUUGCAUAGUAAACUUGGACAGGAUCCAGCUUUCUUCUCCGACAAAUCACCAUCGGCGGCAUCCCUCAGUCCGUUCCCUUCUACUCCUCCCACAAUGGUCAGUCCAAGGGGAUCAGGAUUCCUAACGCCUAACUCAUCAGGGGAGAGAACUCCACAGCUGACACCUACAACACCAACAGGUGCCUCACUGCUGACAGGAGGGAUGGAAUCAUUAACACCAACAAGACAGAGGCAAGAACUGGAAAAGAUUCAGGGAAGAAAACACAAGAAAGAUGUUCCACCAAAGCCUCCACCAAAACGAUGGAAAAAUAUAAGAUAUAAAAAGUGGGAUCCAUCCUUCUCACAAGAACUACAGCCUCGACCAGAAACUCCUAAAAGUGAAGUUGAAGUGCUGUGGAAGGCCCUAGGUACAAUUAUAACUCCAGAUCCCAUGCCUGAAGAUAAACGAUCCUGUGUGUUCUGUCAGACUAUUGGUGAUGGCCCAACUGAUGGACCUGGGAGAUUGCUGAACAUGGAUGUAGAUAAGUGGGUACACUUGAACUGUGCUCUCUGGUCCUCGGAAGUUUACGAGACUUUGAAUGGCGAUUUGAUGAAUGUGGAUGUAGCAUUCAAACGAGCCCAAGCACUUGAAUGUCAGUCUUGUAAGAAAUCAGGAGCUACACUGGGAUGUUUUAAAGUCAGCUGUUCUAAAGUGUUUCAUAUUGGUUGUGCACAGAAAGCUGGAUGCAUGUUCUUUCAGGAUAAGACAAUCCUUUGUCCACCUCAUGCACCAAAGAUAUUCCCAGACAAUGUGCUGACUAAUUUAUCUGUAUAUAGGAAAGUUUAUGUAAAUAGAGACGAGGAUAAACAAGUAGCCAGUAUGAUCCGAGGGCAGGAAGAAGGGACAUAUGCUUUACGGAUCAGUUCUCUAAUUUUACACAGUGUAGGACAAUUAUUACCACACCAGAUAGCAACAGGAAAAUUUCAUACCAGAGAUUUUAUAUAUCCUGUUGGUUUUAAAUCUAGUCGAUUUUAUUGGAGUAUGAGGAGGUUGUAUAAAAGGUGUCGGUAUGUCUGCAGUAUUAGUGACAAUGAUGGUAGACCUGAGUUCAUGAUUCGUGUAGUGGAGGCAGGCUUUGAGGAUAUUGUUAUGAAAGACAGUUCACCACGUUCUGUGUGGUUUAAAGUGCUAGAACCGUUAGAUAAAAUGCGAAGAAAUGCAGACUUAGUGAAAAUAUUUCCCAGUUUUAUGACGGGAGAGGAAUUGUUUGGUUUAACAGAACCAGCCAUUAUCAGGGUGAUUGAAUCUCUACCUGGAACUGAUCUCUUAUUAGACUACGCUUUCAAAUAUGGCCGUUGUGAAUUGAUUGAAAUGCCAUUAACAAUUAACCCAUCAGGGUGUGCUAGAACAGAACCAAAACUUAGAACUCAUUUUAGAAAAAUGCAUACAUUACAAUCCAGCCAUACAUCACGGUCACUUCCUGCUAUGGUAACAGGGGUGACAGGAGACAUUAAUUCUCCAUACAUGAAACAGUUUGUCCAUUCCAAAUCUCAGCAGUAUAGAAGGUUAAAGACAGAAUGGAGAACAAAUGUCUUUCUCGGCAGAUCUAGAAUUCAGGGACUAGGGUUAUUUGCUGCCCGUGAUCUAGAGAAACAUACCAUGGUGAUAGAAUAUAUAGGCUAUCUUAUUAGGAAUGAAGUAGCUAACAGAUUGGAAGUUGUUUAUGAUGAACAGAAUCGAGGUGUAUAUAUGUUCCGUAUAGACUCUGAUAUUGUUGUGGAUGCCACUAUGGCUGGAGGACCUGCUCGGUAUAUUAAUCAUUCAUGUGAUCCUAACUGUGUGGCCGAAGUUGUUCCUUUUGAUAAAGAAAGUAAAAUUAUUAUUAUAACGAAUCGUAGGAUACCUAAAGGAGAGGAGCUUACUUAUGAUUAUAAAUUUGACUUUGAAGAUGAACAACACAAAAUUCCUUGUUGUUGUGGUGCUAAACGAUGUCGAAAAUGGAUGAACUAAAAUUUUGACAAAGGUAGAUAACUGCAUUAUGGAAAGAGUCUUGACAACUUUCAAGUAUUUAUGUGAAUUAUCUAGAGAAAUUGUUCAAAUAGUUAAUUUAUAAGAUAAAGUGUUACUUCACAGAACAAAUAUUGGUGUCAGUGACAACUAUUGACAGAAGAUGAGAAUGAAGGAAAAUAACCAGAAAAGAGAGAAACAGGUCCUCGAAAUGUCAGGAAAUCUGGAAUGCAAACAACAGAGAGUUCAGAAAGAAUAGAGUGUUAAGAAAUAAUGAAUUUUGACAAAUAUAUUUAUAUGAAAUACUUUUAUAUGAAUUUGUAGAAUGAAGGAAAAAACCUAAAAUUGGAUUUAUAUGUCAAUUGUUAGUUUUAUAAUAUAAUGUCUUCUUGAUAAAUAUAUGUAGAAGGAAAGGAAAAACUGAAAUAAGGGCAUGUUUUUUUAUACUCCUGUAAGAGAAGGACUGCCACAAACUUUGUGUCUAUGCAUUUUACUUUCACAACUGACUGUUUGCUGCUAAUAGUCUCGUAGAUUUUGGUAUUUCUAGAAUAUUGUAUAGUUUUCCAUAAAACAGACAACGGUUCUUCUAUUUAUUGAAAUGAUAGAUAAAUAUAUUGACCAUGCAUGUAUGACACAUGCAGUAUUGAAAUUUCUUUUUUACAUAGUUAAUUACAUAAAAGAUGAUAGACAACUAGAAAAAAAAAUGAUGAUAACCUUAAACUUUUUAAAAAAUAAUUUUUUAAUUUAACUUUUUUCUUUUCUUUUGAGAGAAAUACAAAUAUCACUGUACCAUUUUAUAUUAAAGUGCUAAAAAGAUAUAGUAAAUGCACAAAAUAUAUUGGAGAAAGAAAAGGAAUUUUUUCUGUUUUUUUUUUCUUCACUAUUGCCAAAAUUGAUUUGGGGGGUUUACAGAUAUAUAAAAAAAAAUACAGCUGAAAAACAUUAAGGUCAAGCUAGUCAUUAGAUUUGUUUAGUUGUUCAAUCUUACAAAUGAUUUCAUUAAUUUAAAAUUUCUGGUUGAGUAUAAAAUCUGGUUUUAAAAAUGGUUCGAGGAAAUUGCGAACUAUCAGUUCUUCAGGUUUUACUUGUAAAAUUUACGACCUUAUACUUACAGACAAAUAGAUAGCAAUAAUGUCAUAUUUUCCAUCGACUCAGAUGUAAAUCACAUUACAGCAUUAGUAUUCAUUUGAAUUUACCCCAUCAUUGUAGUUAUAUCAGUAGAAACAGAAGAGGCAUUUUUGACCUAGAUUCCAUGGUUCAUUGAACAUUAAUCCAUUCAUGAAAUUUGUACAAAGUGCAUGAAUUAUAUCAUGUAUAUAUAGCGAGGAUCUCAUAGAAUGAGAUGACAUCAACCUUUCUCAAGGUACAGAAUAAAAUGUGUUGGUUGAAGAUGUUCAUGUUGAAAUCCACCUCAAAUGACAUUCAGUUUCAUCCAAAACAGAGAAAAUUUCCAUGUCACAAAUUUUCCAUAAUUAUUGAAUUUUAGAUUAGAAUGGUUAUUUUUGUAGGUUUUUCUUUUUUAUCUGAUUGCUGUGUGAGUGUUUGGAAUAAGAUAAUGGCCGGUGGUUGAAAUAGUGAAUUGAUAUUAUUUUCAAAUAUGCAGUUUUCACUUCUUUAUAUUUUAGACGGAAUAAUGUGUGGAUUGUGGAAUAUCAUAGCCAGACAUUUAUCACAGAAUUUUCUGCCCAUUCCUCAAUAAUUUAGGCUAAAUAUGAGUGCUUUAAAAAAGCCUUUUUAGAAAGAUUUCUUUGUUUUUCUUUCCUUCAAUGUUCUCUUUAUUGUCAGUUUUGUUUUUGAUGUGUAAAUCAGAAUUGCUCCAAACUUACUGCGUAAAUAGUUAGGGAUUUUUUAAAAUGAUGUAUUUGUUUUACAUAUUUGUGCAAUUAAAGAUUGUUUGUGAACAUAUUAAUCAGAUAAUUAUUGUUUAGAUAUUUCUUUAUAUAUUUUGUGGUUUGAACUUUGAACUUAUAUUGAGUGAGUGUUUUCAUAUCAGUUUCUGUAGGUUGUACUGUUGCAUUAUAAAUGAAUCAACAAAAUAUAACGUUGUCUGUAUGAUAAGGGAUUAUUCCAUUAAAAUAAAGGUAAGAAAGGCAUGGGUUGUUGGGUCUGUUUAAGUGAGAAAAACAUUUUUACCGACCAUGCGAGAUACUCAUGGGUAGUCAAGGUCGUUAAACACCUCCUAGUAUGUUAAAUUUCCAUAUGAUGUAAGCAAAUUUACUAAAAAGAAAGUAGAUUGCAUGUUGAUGGAUUUUUGAAAUUCUUUCUUCUCCUCCCACAUGAAUUUUAAUGGAAUAUCCCUAAAGCAAAAACAAAAUAUUCAAAUCAAUUUAAACUAAAAUAGGCAAAUUUUUAAUAAUUGUUUGAUAAAGAAAAGAAAAAAAUAAGAGAUUUAACAAAUUCUUUUGCAAAAUUUUAAUUUUCUGUCAAUUUUUAGUGGGGAAAAAAUGGCAUUAAGUAGCUUUCUUAAUUUGAAUUUAAUUGAAACAAAAAUUGUUAAAUGGAAAUAAAUACAACAUGAUGGUUUUGUCAUUCGUUCGUCAAAAACAAUCUAAACAUGAACUACACUGUGUUUUCCAAAUGAACUGGAGUAAAAGUGAAUAUUAAACAGAAUUUAGGAGGGGGUGUUUAAUAACUAAUAUUAUUUAAUUACGUCUAGAGAAAAUAUUAACAAUAACUGUAGUCUGAGUCAGAAAAUUAGGCAAGAAUAAUUUAUUUAUGAUAUAUCAUACAUUUAAAGCAAAUAACCAUGCUUAAAUGCUUGUGUACAUGGCGAACAUGCCCACACUUAUAAAGUACAUGUGUACAUAUGAAUAUACUAGUAUAAAUUUUGUACAAGUUAACCAUUGAAUGUCUUAAUAGCUGUAAAAUUUAUAUUCCAUUAUUUAAUUCAAUCAUUAUCUACAUAAAACAUUUCAUCUUCACACAUUCAUAUUUAUAAAUAAUAUGCAAACUUUAUAUUGUCGGAUGUUAUGUUUGGAAGCAUAAUAAAUAUUUAGCUACCUCAAGACAGUUGAAAUUGAUUUUCUAUAAAUAACAUUUUCAAUGUAUGUUUAAUUUUUUACAGUCCAAACAGGCCGUACAUUUCUUAUAAAUCCCAAAUAUGAUACUCAUUUUAUUAAGAAAUAUCAUUUCUUGCAUAUAUACCAGAGAAUUAUUUGUCAAUUAUCUCCCUUUAAUAGGUUGUGUGUUUGAGUUAUCUCCCUGUAAGACAUUGUGUGUUUGAGCUUAUUUUAUAAUUUUCAGUGCUCAACACAAUCCCUGACCAGAGGCUUAAGUGGUUCCUCCAUUAAACAUCUUUGAGUAGUAUUUAAUAUUAGUCUGAAAUAUCAACCCUUCAACUUUUUUCUUUUACCUUUCAAAGUUUUCUGUAAAGGGAAGGAUCACAAAAUAUUUUUAUGCAUCGCAGUGAAAAAAAAUUGAAAUUUUUUGGAUAAUUUAAAAAUAUAUUUAGUACGGUGAAGAUUUAGCUUCUGUUCUCAGUUAUAAGAUUGUUACAAGAUAGGAAGCACAGGUUCUGGUGAAAAAGAAAUGUUGAUUCUUAAAGAGGAAAACAACCUUCUCUUUAAAGAGUGAACAAAAGGGAGGCUAUCUAUAAUUUUUAUAUGUACCCAAGUUAAAGGUAGAUAACUGACCAAUGUAUCUCACAAUGAAACAAAUAAAUUAUAUUUUUUAAAGAUGAUCCUACUAAGGCAACCAUUAAUGAUAGUGAAAGCUUAAAAAUUAAUGAUAGUUUGAAUUAUAUUAGAAAUACAUCAGCCGAUUAAAAAAUAAUCAUAUUAGAAUUUUUAUUUAUAACAAAAGAUUAAAGCUUUUACCUGGGUUGCGUUCAAUAUCGUAGCGGCUACGUAGAUUUAUGACUAUUGAACGAGUAGCUAGCCUAGCUGCUAUCAAUAUCUAUGUAGCAGCUAGGCUAGCUACACGUUCAAUAGUCAUAAAUCUAUGUAGCCCUAUGUAGCCGCUACGAUAUUGAAUGCAUCCCUGAUCAUCUGAUAAUUAAAACAUGUAUUUUAACUUUAUAGAGCAUGUGCUGCAACUAAAAUUGUUUACAGCAAUUUCAAUUUUAGAGAUGUUGACUUCCCUCAAGGCCCUAAAAUGCUAAGGCUCAAUAAAGAGCUAAAGGGAAGUUAUGAGAUUCAAAGUUGAAUUUUAUUUUUAAGCAAUGGGAAACAAUUUGAACAUUGCAACUAUGAAUUAUAUUCGUAAAGACAUUUAAAGAACAGAAAUGAAGUAAUUUAAAGGCAUUAUGCAUUAUAUUUCCAAAAUAAUCCAAUGUGUAAAUUUUUAUUUCCCCUGGUCAAGCUGGACAGGGAAUUUUUUCUGCUCCUUAAGGAAUCACUAGAAAUGGUAUUUUCAACACAGGCUCUAUACAUGUAUUAAAGAUUAUAGUUUGUUGCUUUACCAAAGUGUUUUAUAUUAUUGAUCAAAAUGUAGAACAUACUUAAUUUUUAAAGCCUGACAGCUUGGAAACAAUUGUUUUGCUUUAAUAGCAGAGUUCUUUGACAAAUGGUUUUAUGUAGAAUUUGGAAGAAACACUAAUUAAAAUUGUAGUCACCGUUUUUUUUUAAUAAAAGAAAAUUUUAAUGAUUUUGAUGUAUAAUAGGGUAAAAAAUUCCAUUUAAUUUUAAAUACCUCAUCCACUUUCUACAGAAUCAAGGCUCGGUUAAAAAAAGUUUUAAAACUGGUUACUCAUCUAAUUACACUCUAUUAACCCAAACUCUGUCUUUAGUUUGUCCUUUAAGGAUUUAAUUGACCAUUUCAGAAUCUAAAGGACUGGGUAAUUCAAUGUUCCUACUCCAAAAUAGAAUAUCCUUACAACAUUCGUUGAAUUACGGAAUAACAGUGCUGUAGUUGAAGAGUUGUCGUUGUCAAUUGGCGAUUUGAUGGUCUCAAAUGCAGUUUUUACUGGCGACAUGUAGUGGAGCCAGUAAAACGGAUAUUUGCGACUAUCAAAUCCUAAUUGAUGACAACAACUCUACAACUACAGUACUGUAAUGCUGAUUUUAAUGCAUUACAAAAAGAAAUAAUAUGUUAGAACUUGAAGAAUAUCUAUAAAUCUAUAAUUAAUUAAAAUUCUGAGAAAGUUCAUGAAUGAUUUUGGCUUAUAAACGUCAUGGGUAAACGUGACAUCAUACAAAUGACAACCCUCAAACUGAAUUUCUACGAUUCAAUUUUGGAUUAAAUCACAUCAAAACAGCAUUUUUGGGGUAGGUGUUGUUUUAUUUUUUAUUAUAUUGUAGUUAUAAAACAUUUGUUGAUUCAAGCAAUUCAACAUGGCGGCUCAUUCCUUAGUUACGACAUUUCAACAGUGGAUUUGAUGGUAAAUUUUAGCCAAUGAAAAAAAUUAUUACAUAAAAAUUGCAUUAGAAUUUCCAUUGUUUAGGACGUUUUUAACCAAUCAAAAAGUUUUGGUGUACACUUUAGAAAAUAUUACCCAGAAUGCAUUAGGUUCUCAAAUGACUAAUUAUCUUUGGGCAACAUUUUCAAAAGCAUACACUAAGAUAUUUUGGAUGUUUGAAAAUGCAUCCAAGGGAGGUAAUCCAGUCAUUGCUAUGGUGUUUUUAUUUUGACAUAGGCAUUUUUUUUUACUCAUAGUUCUUUAGCAUCUGAAUUUGAGCGAGAACCUUAUAUUCCUUUUAACCUAUGGAUUUGGGAACGUGCCUAAAAAUCCUUAAGUAUCUGAAUUUGGGCAAGAACCUGUCAAUAACAGCACCAUUAUGUACAUUGAUCUGCGCAGGCUUUUUGCUGUACAAUGCUUGUGUGAGUAUUUAUUUCUGAGGAAUGACAAUUUGAUGUGUUUGCAGUUUUAUUCCAUUGCAUAAUUAUAUGAAGUAUUGUACUCUGUUGUUUGUUUGAAAUGUUUUGUGCUGGAAUAUCUAUUGUUAAUGUCAUAUAGAUUGAUAUAGUUGCUCAGUUUUAAUAGAAUUCCAUAUGUCAUAGUACUAAGGACACAUUUAUAGUUCAUUGAUUUCAUUUAUUUAUUUAUCCAAAUUUUAUAGUCUGACAUAUGUUGGGUGAUUUCAUCUUAAUUUUGCCUGUGACUGAUGUAAAGUUGAGACAUGUAAAUAUCCAGGGUAUGUCAGACUCAAUAUCUCGUAUAUAUAACAUAUGAAAUGUUAACGAGAACUGUGUUCUAUUUGUGCAAAUAGUUCUGAUGGAAUAAGAGAGCCAUUACAGAAUUUGGCUUAUUCUGCUGUCUUGUAGAAAGAGGCAAGCUACCCUUUCAUCUUUCAAAGUGAUUAUUGAAAUACAUGUUAUAAAGUAGAUAUUAAAAAUGUAGUUUCAAAACAAACCUGUUCUGGAAUGUUUAUGGUUUUUUUUUUUUUAGUUUUGAUUAUUUAUAAGUGUUUGAAAAUAGAUUUUUUGUAUUUCACAAACUCCUGUUUGAUAGUUUACAGUAAAAUUUGAACUCAAAGUAUGAGAAGCAAUUAUGAAUCAUUAGAUAUAGCAGGCCUGCUUGAUUGUAAAAGUAGAGAAGGGUGUUGUGACACUGAAUGACAUUUUGCCCUCAUUUGAAAAUGAACUAUAAAUGAGUCCUUAGUGUUUAGCAGUUAACAUACCAUAGUAGAUACCAUUAAGUAGAAAUGAUUAAGAACUUUAACAUUAAAUAUAAGUUGUACAAAAUCCUGUUUUAUUUGUGAAAUGUUUAUUCAAUUUGUAAAUAAUGUACAAUUUGUCUGUCAGAUGAUCUUUACAUUAUAAAUAUUUUAUACCAACUUAUAUUAGAUAUUUGUUAUUAUGUGUCAAACAUUAGUCAGUUGUUCUCAGAUCAUUUCAUAGAUGUUGUAUGUUUUAAAGAUUUUCAUAUUCUAGAUGUAGGUGAAAAAUUUUGUUACUUUUUUCCGUUUGUAAAUUAUACAUUGUAUGUAUUUCAUUAGCACAUCAGUUCUACAGAUAUUUUUCACAUAUUUAGGAGGAGUUUUACCAUUUGAAAUUUCUUGAAAAUUCCUUUGAAAUCAGAUUUAUAAUCUUAAAGUAUGUAUAUUUCAUUCCUACUAUUUUUCAUAAAUUUUUGUUUGAUAAUUCUGAGUGAUAAUUUUCCUUAAGCUACUGGAGUUGAGUGAGUAGAAUGUGAUGACAUCAUAAGCUCAUGUCGGUGACAUUGCCUUAGAAAAUAGAGAUAAACAGAUUGACUAUGGUCUUUAAAACUUGAAGAACAAAAAAUUAUUUAUAAUUAUGCAGAAAAAUUAAUGGAGCAAGUCAUCAACACCACUUUGAAAUUUGUGCAAGAAACAAACUAAGGAUUCAUUUAAAAUACCUUUUCUGUCAACAGUUCACAUUUAACUAUUUGAACAGUUACCUCUAAGGCAAAUAAAUAUAUUUUGAAGGGCUAGUUUUAACUUCUAUGUAAUAUGUAGCUAACUUUAUUGACAAGCUCACCAUCAAUCUGUUAACCAAUGCAGACAGAUCCAGAUUUUUUUUUAUUUUGAUAAGAAGGUGAGAGGGUAAAAUCAAAAUGACACGGUCAUUUUUACCAUCAUACAACAUGUAUAUAGAAAAAUUCCACAUUUAACCACUUUUUGUCAAAUUUAGAAGGAGGUUGUCUGGCACACCCCUUAAAUCAAAUCCGAACAAGGAUUUUUAAUUAAAUAAAAAUCCCCUAUUUGUAAAUUGCUGAUUACUUAACCAAUUGAGUGUUUGACGAAUUACAUAAAGGCAAUAAAUUUUAUACAAAGAUUUUGUAUUUAGAUAUUGUUGAAAUUAAAGUAGCUAACUUUUGUAUGAAUGUUGUUAGAUCCCUCUUUGUAUUGUACAGCCUAUGACAAAUUAUUUUGCAAUCAUUAUUUAGAAGAAUAACUUUGAAAUGUGGAAAUGCAUUUUUAACAGCUGUACUUCUGUGUGUCCCACUAUCUCAGGAGAGUUUUUUUUUAGGUGAAAAUAUCUGUUCAAACAACAAAAAGGACCCCAAAAUGUUCUUUAUCUUAAAUGAAGACAUUCAUAUUUAACUUUUUUUAUUGAAAAAAAAAUCACCAAUUAUCUUUUAACAUUAUUUUUAUUGUCUCGACAUGUUUUAAUGUUGUUUUUUGUGUAAACAAAUAGCGUCAUCAAAGAAGAUGCUGUCAGAACCAAAGUUUCUGCUUCAAAAUUUUGAAGAUUCAUGCAUCUUUAUAAAAUUUUACUUAUUUAUAACUUCUUGAUAAUUUAAUGCUUUCCACUAAGUAUUUUAUCUGGAUUUAGUUGGACACAUAGUAUUUUUUAAGUAGCAGAAUAACUAAAUUUGGUAAACUUAGUUGCAACACUGGAAAUGUUUUACACUAUGCUUAAUAAUGCCAUUGAAAAUUUGUUAUCUUUUUACAGAUCAUCAAAUAUAAACAGAUGUUUUUGAUCUAUAUGAGGGUCUGGAUCUUUGGGGGGGGGGGGGGGGCUUUAUGUCUGUAUCCUUUAAUUUUUUUGGCUCUUUUCUUUUUUUACCCAUUGUUCUCUAUUCUUUUUUGGGGGGCUUAUUUUUCUCUACUGUUUAUCUUUUUACCCUUUACUCUCUAUUCUGUGUACCCUGUCUAAACCCUCCUAUAUCACUUGGUUUAAUAGAACACAUGUGCAUCACUUAUGGGCAAUCACAACUUGUUCUGUGUUUAUCGGGGAAACAAGAGGCCUACAUCAAUAUUCAUUAUCUAUUUAUAUUGAUCUUUAUUAAGUAGUGAACUUUCAAUACCAUUUUUAAACACUGUGUAUUUGUCAGUUGCAAUUAAAACAAAUUGAAUUUGUAAUAUCAUGUAUAGUUGAUAUCUUCUGAACUUCAAGUCUCGACUCUUCUUUUUCCUUUCUUCUGCUGUGACAUUUUAUAAGGUUUUUAUAUUUAGUGUGUAGGAGAAGUUAGAAAUAUUUGUACAAAAAAAUGUAUUGAAUUUCCUUACUUAUUUUCUAAUAAACUCAGGCCUGGUUGCCUAAUUGUAAACUAUUAUAAUGUGAAUAAUUUAUAUAAUGAAUUUUAAUACUUGGUCAGAGGAUCAUUAACAAAACAGAAAUUCAAAACAUGAAUUUUAACUAAAAUAUACAUUCAAUAUUCUAAACUCCAUCAUUUUUCAGCUCUGGUUGUUUUCAUGUAAAUGUAUAAUAAAUUCACAAUGUUAAAUUAUGUAAAAUUCAUUUUUUAGUCUUUUUUUUUGUAUGUAAAUUUCACACAAUAAAAUCAUGUAAGUUUCAUGUAUUAUCCAUCUUAACAUAUAGUGCUAUCAGCAGACGAUUGUAAUUAUAUCAGAAUAAAAUUUUAUCACAUGUU